GAAGCAGUGUGCAGUCUCCUGUCAGCACAAUAAGACGCAACUUCCUGGAAUGACAAGAUAUCGUUUUAAAGCCAUAUUUUAAAUCAGAUUGCCAGUUUUUUGGGUACAAUGGAUUUAUCCGAAUGAUAUGCAGCAACCAGAACUUGAGAAAUGGCUCUUUGUCAUCGAGUCUACUUUCUGAAAUCACCUGAAGAGUCCAGCACAGGAUAAGAUUUGAUAUACUGCAGCUUGAGGGGCCAUUAAAGAUUAUACCGUGAAACUGGGACCUGGAUUACCUGAAUGUAAUAUAUACUGGGAGCAGGAGCUGAUGAAGAGGGCACGUCCCCGCCGAAUAUGCUGCAUGUAACAACUACUAACCUCUCUCAGUUGUGAAGCCUGGACUUACUGAUAUACUAUAAGCUUCAGUAUGUCCAUCCGGAGUCUGAAAAAGAAACAGCAGAAGACCUUCAAAGUGAAGAUUGUAACAAUGGAGACAGAAAUGGAGUUACAUUGUGAGAUGGACUGGAAGGGAAACGACCUCUUUGAUUUGGUGUGCAAACAUCUGGUACUGAAAGAGACUUGGUUUUUUGGUCUACAAUAUAUGGCAAGCGGGGUAGACACCUGGCUAAAGCUGGAUAAAAAGAUUUUACAACAGGAUGUUCCUAAGGAGGAUCCCCUGAAGUUCCGCUUUUUGGCCAAAUUUUACCCAGAGAAUGUGUCUGAGGAGCUGUUUCAGGACAUAACUCAGCAUCUGUUUUUCCUUCAGGUUAAAAAGCAAAUCCUGGAUGAAGAAAUCAUUUGCUCUCCAGAGGCAUCAGUUCUUCUAGCAUCAUAUGCUGUCCAAGCAAAGUAUGGCAAUUACAAUCCUAACAUUCACCAGCCUGGAUUUCUGUCUCAAGAAGAAUUAUUACCAAAGAGAGUUCUCCAACAAUAUCAGAUGACAUCAGAAAUGUGGCAGGAGAAAAUAACUGCAUGGUAUGCAGAACACAGAGGAAUUGCUAGAGAUGAAGCAGAGAUGAAUUACUUAAAAAUUGCACAAGACCUGGACAUGUAUGGCAUGAACUACUUUCCUAUUUCACAAACUAAGAAUGAUUCUGAUAUGCUGCUUGGAGUAGAUGCCAAAGGAAUCCAUAUUUACAGUAGAAAUAACAAAAUAUCCCCAUUAAAGUCUUUCAAAUGGGGUGACAUUCGAAAUAUUUCUUAUAAUUCCAAGAAACUGAAGUUUACACCAGUUGAUAAAAAAGCUGAAACUAUUAAAUUCUAUUCUAAAGAGCAAAAUGUGAAUAAACUGAUUCUGCAUCUCUGCAUUGAAAAUCACAAUUUAUUCUUAACGAAAAGGAAGGUGGAUUCAAUUGAGAUGCAGCAAAUAAAAAUGCAAGCCAAAGAAGAAAGAGCUAGGAAAAAGAACGAGCAUCAGAGACUGGUGAUGGAAAAACAGUUGAGGGAAGAAGCAGAGAGAGCUAAAGAAGAUCUUGAGAGAAAGCUGUUCCAGGUAGAAGAAGAGGCAAGGCAAGCCAAUGAUGCUUUGCUCCGGUCUAAUGAAACAGCUGAGUUACUAGCAGAAAAAGUACAGAUUGUGGAGGAUGAAGCAAAGCUACUAGCUCAGGAUGCAGUGGAGGCCAGGCAGGAACUACAACGCCUUGAGUUGGCAGUGCGCAAGAGUAAGGAGGAGAUGCGGAUGAUGGAGAAAAAGAUGAGAGAAUCUGAUAUGAUCACCAUGAAACUAUUCCAGGAAUCUGACAGAAGAGCGAAGGAAGCUGAGCUGUUAGAGCAGGAGUUACAGAAAGCCAGGGAAGCUGAACGGAUCGCAAAGCAAAGGCUUCUAGAACAUGGCACUAUUUGCCAACCUAUACCAACAAAAGGUCUUCCACAGGAUACUUCAGAAAAUGGUUAUGACAAUAAGAUGGUCCGACGAGAUGUAGAUACUGAAUACAAGAGGUUAUCACUGGAAAUAGAAAGGGAGAGAAUGGACUACAUUGAAAAGAGUAAACGGCUUGAAAAUCAGCUAAAUGAACUCAAAUUAGAAAUUCAGACCUUGAAACAGGAGGACCGGCAUAUGAAUACUCCCUGCCUUUGGAAUGGCAAUCUAAGAUCCAAAUAUAAUUUACAUGGAAGUCAUACCUUCCUGACGCAGGGAUACCAGUGGGAACCAGCAAGUCCUUUCUCCAUUUCUCCAGUUAGCCCUAUUCAUAGUUGUAUGGAGCCAGAACGGAUACCCUAUAGUGCUCCUGUCCGCAUGGUACACACAUUACCGAGCAACAUUAAUGGAAGCGAAAGAAAACAGCAUGCCAGGAAGGGAGAGAAAUGCAAUUUAGACAUCAUAUAUAUUUAAGGAUUCCUAGCACAAGGAAUAUUUCUAGAUUGCCUAAUUGCAAGCGAAACACCACUUUUUGGUUGAGUUGGUGUGUUGCUAGGCCUCAGGUGAGCUCUUCUGGAAGAAUCGGUAAUUUGGAGCAAAAUGUGGAGUGGUACGAACACUGACCACA